AUGUUAUGUUCAUACAUGUACAAAAUGAAAUUAUUUACAAGAAACAUGACGAUUUUUAAAUGCUAUUACCAUUAUCGUCGUCAUUCUCAUACGUUAAUUAAUUAUACAGAAUAUCCAUUUCAUGAACCAAAUUCUUCCGCAUAUCAAUCAUUAGUUAAACGAUGUAGACAAUCAUUUAAAACUACUGGUUGUUGUUAUUUACCAAAUUUUAUAUCAAACAAGACAUUAGAAACGAUAUUAAAUGAAAUUACUGAAUGGUUAAAUAAAUAUGGUGAUAGAGUAUUUCAUUCCUAUGAAUUACAUAAUUUACAUUUGCAGGAAACAACGAACACUGAUGAAGAACAACAAAAAUCAAGUAAAACAGUUAUUGCCUAUGAUCAAAUUCCUACAACAUCGUUACUUCAUCAAAUAUAUCAAUAUAAUCCAUUAACAGAAUUUAUUCGUCAAAUAACUACUCCUGAAACAAAAUUAUAUCGUAGUAGAGAUGAAAUGGGUGCAAUGUAUGUUAAUAUUUACGAAAAAGGAAAUCAACUUAAUUGGCAUUAUGAUAAUUCACAUUUUUUUGUUAAUUUAUUAUUGAAACAACCAUCCGAUGAAGGAAUAUUUGAAUAUAAAAUACAAAAUGAUAAAAUUAUUAGUCGAAAUGAUUUUGAAGCACGUGGUUUAACCAUAUUUCAUGGUAGUCAAUAUAGACAUCGUGUUACAGAAAUUAAAUCUCCAAAAAAAGAACGUAUCAAUGCCAUUUUUACAUAUGCUACUAUAUCUGAUCAUAAACUCAAUGAUUAUAUACAUAAAAAAUUCUUUGGUCGAAUACAAAAAUGGGACAUCAACGAUGAAUAUUAG